AUGGCUCACCCGCUUCUGCUGUUUGUGCAGGUUGGUCCUCAGUGCACUGAUUGUUCCUACCGAAGUGACAACAAAUUUUUGGUUAUCCUGCCGUGCCCUCGCAAGUUUUGUUGCAUUCUUAUUGACCGUUGGUCCAUGAUGUUGCUAUUAGUGUCAGGAAACAUAGAAGAAAAUUCCGGCAUGAACAAAGAAAUGCAUGAACUCGUUAUUAAAGUGGAUGAUAUGGAGAAUAGAAGUCGCCGAAAUAACUUAGUAAUUUAUGGCGUUACUGAAGACUCAGACGAGGAGGCGAGAACACUAGAAAACAAAAUAAAAGAAGGUAUAUUCAAGGAUAUACUCGCCCUUGAAGUUAAAUCUAUUGAAAGAAUUCAUAGGAUUGGCAAUCGUUACGGUCAGCGCCCACGCCCAAUCAUUCUUCGUCUUUUCGAUUGCAGAGAAAAAAACAAAAUUUUGUCUUGCUGUAACAAACUCAAGGGCACACCGAUAUCAAUAUCGGAAGAUUUCUCAAAAAGAAUAAGAGACAUCCGAUCCAACUUGUGGCGUUCAACGCUGAUUGGCAUGUGGCAAGCCGUGAACGAAGCGAGCUUGAGGGCACAUCGCUUCUGUGCUUCAUCGGCCGACAAGCGCACCGCGACUGCGUCGCGCAAGGACUGUUGA